AUGCCCGUGCCAGACCAGCCGUCCGACCAGCCGCCUGAAAAUCCCGUCGCCCUGCUCAGCCCAGGUCUGUCCGCCUCCAACGGCGACGGUGGUGCGGCUGACCAAGGCUCCACCUCAGCCAUCCUGGCCUCAGUCAAGGAGCAGGAGCUGCAGUUUGAGCGUCUGACGCGUGAACUGGAGGCUGAGAGGCAGAGUGUGGCCACGCAGUUGGAGAGAUGCAAAGUGGGAUCUGACAACUCAGCAAGCAUGAGCAACAUCAGUGCAUCUGACGAGCAGUACCGCUGGAAUGAAGAAGAUGGGCAGGAAGACAUUGAGGAGGAGCUGAAUACCGGCCUGGAGCUGGUGGACUCCUGCAUUCGCUCCCUCCAGGAGUCUGGGAUUCUUGACCACCAGGAGUAUACCAGUGACGCAGGACCGAGUCUCCUCUCGCAGAGCUCGCUCCAGCUCAACGCCGCCCCGGACGCCACGCUCCACUACUCGGCAGGCUACCAUAGCAACCAGACCCUCACCCUGAGCGACGCCUCCUCGGCAGCAGCGGCAGCAGCAUCAGGACCGACUCCAGCUCCACCACAGCAUCCACAGCCGCCGGUUCCCCCAGUGCGCAGCGGGCAGGUCGGAGGAGCUGUUCACAGCUACAACCAGCGAGCAGCAGCCAACAGCGGUGGCGAUUCAGGCCAGUCGGUGUCGCAGAGCCAUGGCAGCGCCUUCCACCUGCCCGAGUCUCAGCAGCCCUCGGUCGGCCUCUACUACUCCAGCAGCACCCUGCCGGCGCAGCGCGUGAGCUCCCCGCUCUCCAUGCAGGCCCUGGGCGGCGGAGGCGGCUCCCCAAGCAAGCUCCAGCAGCUGCAGCAGCGCCUGGGCUCCGCGGGCGGCUCCGUCACCCUCUCCGAGGCCCCCAGCUACGCCACCGUCCAGCGCGCCCCGCCCGCCUCCUCCUCCUCCCCCGGCUCCUCCUCGCCCAAGCAGUCGCCCGUGCGCCUGGCCAAGUCCUACAGCUCCAGCUCGCCCAUCAACGCCGGAGGUGGGCACCUCCUCUCGUCCUCGCCUUUACACGUGGCUUCGCCGGCAAACAGUGUCGGAGGUGGGUCGUCGUCCUCGCCCAUCCACCAGAUCAGCGGAGGCGUGGGGAGCUACGCCACGCUCUCCCCGACCAAGCGCUCGCUGCACUCCUCGGAUCAGUACAAGAUCUCGCACGAGCUCUACGCCACCGCUACACUCCAGAGACCCGGCAGUCUCGCUGGUUCUAGGGGCUCCUACGCCAGCCAGCACAGCCACCUGGACCGUGACCUCCGACCCUUGCAGUCCCCAGAGCACCACAUCGAGCCAAUCUACGAGGACCGCGUCUACCAGAAGGGCCCCAUGAGGAGCCUCAGCCAGAGCCAGGGGGAGGCCCUCCCCCCGGGGCACACCGGCACCUACCGCACCAACACCGCCCCGUCCUCCCCCGGUGUCGACUCCGUCUCCUUGCAGCGCACGGCCAGCCAGAGCACCGCCGCCGGCAUCAACAUCAGCAGCACGGGCACCUUCCCGCGCGCCGCCACCGCCGGCGGCAAUUACGGCGCGGGCAACGCGGCGGGCAGCUACGGCGACCCCUACCGCACGCUGCAGUACUGCUCCUCCGUGGAGUCGCCCUACAGCAAGUCGGGCCCCGCCCUGCCACCCGAGGGGAACCUGGCACGCUCACCCUCCAUCGACAGCAUCCAGAAGGACCCCAGGGAGUUUGGCUGGAGAGACCCGGAGCUUCCUGAGGUGAUCCAGAUGCUACAGCACCAGUUCCCCUCGGUGCAGUCCAACGCGGCGGCCUACCUACAGCACCUCUGCUUCGGGGACAACAAGAUCAAAGCUGAGAUCCGGCGUCUGGGUGGCAUCCAGCUUCUGGUGGACCUGCUUGACCACAGGAUGGCCGAGGUGCACCGGAGCGCCUGCGGAGCUCUGAGGAACCUGGUCUACGGCAAGGCCAACGACGACAACAAGAUCGCCUUCAAGAACUGCGGAGGCAUCCCUGCCCUGGUGCGACUGCUGCGCAAGACUGGAGACGUGGAGGUCAAGGAGUUAGUCACAGGCGUGCUGUGGAACCUGUCGUCCUGCGAUGCCCUGAAGAUGCCCAUUAUCCAGGAUGCCCUGGCCGUGCUGACCAACUCGGUCAUCAUCCCGCACUCCUCCUGGGACUCCUCCCCCCACCAGGAGGACCGCAAGCUGCAGCUGCACACCUCGCAGGUCCUGCGCAACGCCACCGGCUGCCUGAGGAACGUAAGCUCAGCGGGGGAGGAGGCUCGUCGGCGGAUGCGCGAGUGCGAGGGCCUGACGGACGCUCUGCUCUUCGUCAUCCAGACCUCCCUGGGCAGCACCGAGAUCGACAGCAAGACCACGGAGAACUGCGUGUGCAUCCUGAGAAACCUGUCGUACCGGCUGGCAGCGGAGACGUCUCAGGGCCAGCAGAUCGGCACGGACGAGCUGGACGGCCUGCUGUGUGGGGACGCCAAUGGGAAGGACGGAGAGAGCUCAGGGUGCUGGGGCAAGAAGAAGAAGAAAAAGAAGCCACAGGAUCAGUGGGAUGGUGUGGGGCCCCUGCCGGACUCGGCCGACCCCCCCAAGGGUAUUCAGAUGCUGUGGCACCCCUCCAUAGUGAAGCCCUACCUCACGCUGCUGUCCGAGUGCUCCAACCCAGACACACUGGAGGGCGCCGCAGGGGCACUGCAGAACCUGGCAGCUGGCAGCUGGAAGUGGUCGGUGUACAUCCGAGCAGCGGUGCGCAAGGAGAAGGGCCUCCCCAUCCUGGUGGAGCUACUGCGGAUAGACAACGACCGGGUGGUGUGUGCGGUCGCUACAGCUUUAAGAAACAUGGCCUUAGAUGUCAGAAAUAAAGAAUUAAUUGGCAAGUACGCCAUGCGGGACCUGGUCCACCGCCUACCGGGCAGCUCCAGCAACAACUCCACCAGCGCCAACGCCAGCGGAGGAGGCAGCGCCAACGGGGGCACCACCGAGAGAGGAGGGGGCAGCGGCGGCAGCAGCGGCAGUGCCAGCGGGAGCAAGACCAUGUCGGACGACACGGUGACGGCCAUUUGCUGCGCACUGCAUGAGGUGAUCACCAAGAACAUGGAGAACGCCAAGGCCCUGCGCGACGCCGGUGGCAUCGAGAAGCUCAUCGGCAUCGCCCGCAGCAAAGGAGACAAGCACUCUCCAAAGGUGGUGAAGGCAGCAUCUCAGGUUCUCAGUAGUAUGUGGCAGUACAGGGAUCUGCGGAGUCUUUACAAAAAGGACGGCUACUCGCAGUACCACUUUGUGGGCUCGGCGUCCACAAUAGAGCGGGACAGGCAGCGGCCCUACUCCUCCUCCCGGACCCCCUCCGUCUCCCCUGUGCGGACCUCGCCCAACAAUCGAUCGGCCAGUGCCCCGGCGUCUCCACGGGAGAUGGUGAGCCUGAAGGAGCGCAAGAGCGAUUACGAGGCCACCGCCACCAAUGCCAGCUACCAUGGCAACAAGGGCAUCGAGCACACAUCCCGCAAGGACGCCAUGCCAGUGCAAAUCUCCUGUGGGACAUCCACGCUGUACCAGAACGCCUACUCGACGUCUAAUGAAGAGAUCAAACACAACCAGGUAACCGCGGUGCAGCCCGUCCCCCAGGAGGCCGUCCUGCACAAGGACUACGAGUCGAUGCCGCCGCCGCCCUUCCAGAACUCCACAACGCGGAGCUUCGAGGAGAUCCUGGAGGAGCAGAUCAACCGGGCGGCCACGGCCGGCGAGCACAAUAUGCACCUGGGCCUCAAGUCGACCGGCAACUACGUGGACUUUUACUCCGCAGCCCGGCCCUAUAGCGAACUCAACUACGAGACCAGUCACUACCCAGCCUCGCCGGACUCUUGGGUCUAGAAGAGCCUUGGGGUGUAUGUGUAUGUGUGUGUGUGUGUGUGUUUGCGUGUGGGUGUGUGUUAAUUU